AGUUCUAACUAUUUCUAACCUAGAUAUUAUAGUGAAAUAUUAAUUAUUUCAUUAUCUUUUUCUCCACACUCACAGAUAAAUAAAGUUCAUAAUGAAAAACGAAGUAUAUUUACUAACAUAUUCAUCGAAUGAAGAGUAUAAGCAAACAGGAAUAAUAAAGAUCCCUUUAGAAUCACUGAUAACUUACUGUGUACACAAAUAUUGUCGGUCUGAAGAAGUGAAACUGAACUUUCUUCAUGCAUCUAAUGAUAAAGACAUAGGACUAUUAGACUUAAGUGAUAGUUGUAUAGAAUUCAUUGAUAAUAGCGAGAUUCCUUGGCAAGUGUCUUCAUGUGCAUAUCCUUCAGUUCUCUACGAGAAUACAAUAAUUACUGGUUUAUGCGCGGUUUCACGCCAUAUAUGUAAAUACAGGUCAUCUCCACUGUCUCCAAGUGAGUCCGAAGAAGGCUUACUUGGUUUUAGAAAAGGUUGUCUUCAAGCUCCAAAUGAAGUAUCCAUUUGGACUAAAUUCUGUGAAAUUGAUUUAUUAAAUUCUGCUAAUCACUUACUACAUAAAGAAAUAUUAUCAGAAAUACCAGAAAGUUUAGUCAGAUUUGAAAACCAUUUAAAGAAACCUGUUAGAAUACAUAAUGUAUACAAAAUCGCAAGGGAUUUAAAGAAAGAGAAUAUAAUAUCAAAUAAUAAAGACACUGUAAACAGUAUUUCAGAUUUGAAGAAGGUUAACAAAUCAUCUGAAAAGACAAGAACCCCAAAGGUAAGAAAAUGGAAAUCAAAUAUUAAAAAAGAACUUGAAGUAGAGUGUAGUGUUAAAGUUGAAGAUCUUAACGUUGAACAUCAAUUUGCUGAAGGCCCAUUCUUUACACUUGCUGACUUAAUUUUAUUCACUUUGUAUUCCAUAGUAAUUAAAAGUCUUGAUGAGAAAGUAAUUGAGUCACUAUUACCAUUAACUUAUAAAUGGUUUUCAAAUGUACAAAGAAUGGAAGAACUGAAAAAUAUAAAUAAUAUUAUACACACAAUAAAUAUUAAGGAACUGUCAAUUGAAAAUAUGGAAUUGCCACAUACAGAAGAUGUUAGUCUCUAUAAGUCAGAUCCUAAACGACUUAAUCCUAAAAAAAGGUUGUUUACCAAACCAGAAGAUAUACAGAAUGCUUUAAGUAUAUUGGAAGAAGGUAUGGAAUUAGGUUUAAGUGAUUCUGGUUUUGUUAAAGGUCUUGAUUGGAGCUUAAUUCCUGAUGGUGCUAACCCAUCAGCUGGCCACCUACCAGAUGAGAGAGUUGUAAGAAAAUCGCAACAGCUGGAAAAUUUAUGUCUUGCUGUCUUAGCAAUGGCAAAUGAAGGCAACUUUAUCGUUGACUUCUGUAGUGGAAGUGGACAUCUCGGUAUCCUCAUUGCAUACUUACUUCCAAAAUGCACAGUCAUCCUCCUAGAAAAUAAGGAGCAAUCUCUUUUGAGGGCUCGGGAUAGAGUCCAUAAAAUGGGUCUACAAAAUGUCUACUUCUUCCAAUGCAAUUUAGAUUUCUUUGUUGGAAAAUUUGAUAUAGGAAUAGCUUUACAUGCCUGUGGAAUAGCAAGUGAUCUAGUUUUGGACAAAUGUUUGAAGGCCAAUGCCAAGUUUGUUAUUUGUCCAUGUUGCUAUGGUUCAUUACAUGCAACUGAUAGGCUUAUUUAUCCGCGGAGUGCUAUGUUUAGGAAAAUGACAAUAAGCCAAUAUUUGUGUAUUGGCCACACUGCUGAUCAAACUCAUAAAGAACAUCCAUUGACUAUCAGAGGAGCAAGAUGUAUGGCUGUAAUAGAUUCUGAUCGUGCAAGACUAGCUGAAGAAUUUGGCUUCAAAGUAACACUGUCAAGGUUAAAACCUUUAUCAUGCACUCCAAAGAACAAUUUACUUAUAGGUGUACCAUCAUAAAAUGAAAAACAAUAUGUUACAUACAAAACAAUGUUUAAUAAAAAAUAAAAAUAUUUUUGUACUACUAUCUAAGUCUUUCAAUUACAUAAAAUUGGAAA